ACAGUGGUAAGACAGUUAGGAUUCCACUAGAUCCAGAAGCUCUCCACUGGUCUCCAUUAGUAGUCAAUAGUUACUGUAACGAUAACACCACUGGUACUGAAGACGAAGACGAUGUUGAUGGUGAAAGGAAUGAGGAACCAGGAGCUAGUGACAAGAUUUCUUCUGACACUCCAAAUGAUGACAAAUCAUCUCAUCCAGAAGAGAAAUCAAGACCAUCAAGAGGACGUGGGAGAAAACCAACAGACUUCAUAGACCCGAUAUCAACAAGAACGAGAUCCCAAAACAAUAUUGAAAUUGAAAGAGGAAAGUUCUUUUCGAUUGGGAUCAACAUGUUUGCCCCGGUCAGAAAGAAACGUUUUAAAACAGACUCAACUUCCUCUGGUGAGGGUCACUCGGAAUACCCUCCAGACAAACUAAAAAGUACCAGCGAUGAGUCCGAUUCUGAAGGGGUGUGGUUAAAUGAGAAACCUGUGGGCGGGGAGGGACCCGCUAGUUCCGAGUCCGAGUCUGAUAGUUCUUCGGAUAGCGAAAGUGACGGGAACUCUUCCUCUUCGUCUUCAAGUUCCUCGUCAAGUUCUUCAAGCGAGGCCACGCCCGAGCCAGGCGAUAAAGUGGGCGUGGUCGAAGGUAAGAGCAAGUCUAAGUCGUUAGGAGGUGGUGGAGAAGGAGAGGUUCUUCCUUCAACUGGGGGCGGGGCCAGAGUGACCAUUCAAUCAGACGUUGAGGAGUUUGAUUCCGGUACUGAAAGCGAAGAAGAGGAGAAGGCAGAGAAAGAGGAGAAAGGAGAGGAACAAAAGAUCAAGAAAGAUAAAGAAGGAGGUUCCAUGUCGCUACCGGUAUCCAUACAGCGAGAUAAGAUACUCAUAAAAUCCCAGGAUCCUCCUCCUAUCAGUCCAGAGAUACACAUAUCGGUUACUGACAGUCCCAUAGAGACAGAGAGGAAUUUAGAAGAGAGCGUUGGGUCAUCGUCUUUCACUGCAGCACAAGUUUUAUUACCAAAUAACACAAGAACCAGUUCCAUCAGUCCACAGCAUACGAAGGUUAGCAGUCCAAAGCUCAAUAGUCCUAGGGUACCUCCCACGGCUUAUCCCCAUUCCCCAAUCCCUUCAAGAGGAACAUCCCCUUGUGGCCACUCCCCUCAUCCCCCGUCCUCCCAAUCUCCUUAUAUGGUAACCAUGCCAACGCUUAACCCCCUUAUGUCUCACGGGGGUGUCCCCCCACCUGUAACCAUGGCUACGGGAGCCACACCCCCUUUCCUCUCUCCUCUAUAUUACCGUCAAUCCUUUCCCUCAUCAAUGCCAGUUCCUUCGGUACCAACAUCACUCUCCACUCCCUCUACACAGACUGACCCCACCCACUACCAGGGGGCCACACCUUUUUCCGGCACCACCACACAGCAUCCUAAUCCAUAUCCCUACUUCCUUCAGUACUUACUGGCACAAAGACAAAACUUGGCUAACAUGAAUCCUAACUCUCACCUCCCUCCCUCCUCCUCCUCCUCCUCCUCUGCUGCUUCCAUCCCUCAGAUAUUCCCAUUAUAUCAUCCUUAUUAUCGUUCUCCUUCUCUGCCACAGUUGACUCCUCUUUCAAACAGGCCGAUUCUUCCGCCUGCGUAUCCAUGGCAACCCGGGAUGCUUGGGAUGGGUGGGAGUGUCCCCGGCGUUCCCAUGACGACGACCGGUCAGUCCCCUAGUAAUCAACCACCAAGCACUUCAUCUUGAUUUACUUUCUAAAAAUAGUAACACACGACUCAAUGACUUGUUCUAUAAAUAGCACAUGUACAUUUUCUCACAAUAUACGCAUCAUGCACAUGUUCUUUUCAUUGACACACCCACUUACUAGUA